UUGUGAAAAGUUCUGCUCAAGUCUUGGCUAUUGAACAGCGAAAACCGCAGGUCUCUAUCUCAUUCCUAUCAAAAGUUAUUCAAAAAGCAACCGAGUGCCAACCAUUUUGAAACGGAGAGUAGUUGCUUUAGUUUUGUUACGUUCUGGACUCAGUGUUCUCUCCCUGUUGAAUUGAUGAGAUAAAAAAAGGUGUUGUCCUGUGGUGCUGCGUUAUCGGUCAUAGAUUCUGCUAAGGUCUAAGGGAUUUAAAUGGUAUCUAAAAUGUUUCUAAAGGACGUUUCAUUCGAUCAGCUUUUCAAUCUGCCCGCAGGGUAGUUGGUGCCUUUUCAUUAUUAUACUGUUAAAACUUUUCUAUAGGUUUUCGAUCAUGAGGAAUCUGAUGGGCAUGUGCAGGGAUUCAAAACGAACACUGAAAAAGUUCGUUUUUUUCGUGUAGGGUUUUUAGAAAACUAGAUGGAAAAAUAUGUUUUGAAGACGUUGAAUUUACUACAUUUGAAAGAACAUCCUGGGGCUAGCAAACAAUGCACUUUUCUAGAAAUGGAUAUUUCUGAAGAAAAUCGACUUUUUAAAUGGAAAGGGAGGGCUGAGACUACCGCUGCGUUAUCUUAUGAGGAUUUUGUCACCAAUACUAGUAAAGAGAUGUGACAUUUCUUUCUCACCUACCUGUUUCCAGUAUACGAGAGUUAAAAUAAACAUUCGGUAUCAUAAUUAUUACUGCAUUUACGCACGUCACGUCUAUAAUCCUACGCGUUUGAUUAAGACUUACUUCUGUUUUUACAAUCGUUGAAACAAUGUGUUUUAAUAAAUGAAUCUGUUUAAUACGCAGACUCUCUUUUUCUUGUUUUUUAGGUGAAAGGUGUAUAUAUGAACUCAAAAAUUCUAUGUGAAAAAAUUUGGCAAGAUGUUAAAGUUUUAUCGCGAAUCGAUGAUUUGUUACCAAUUACCAUUUAUAGUCGUUUGGAUGCUGUGAAUAAUUCAACUGCAACCAUUAAUAAUAGUACAUCCGAUAAUUCAUUAUUUAUUUGGUAUCAAUUAUUUUUUCAAGCUAUCAUCCAACUACAACAAAAUGAACCGAAAAAAUCAACAACAAAAACAACGACUAUGGACGAACUAUUGAACGUCUGUAAGGAAUAUUAUCGUGGAAACUCUACUGAACGAAAACUAAUUGAUGAAUUUUCUGACGAUUACAUGGCGUCAAAUGUUUUGUGGUGGUGGACAAGAGAAACAUUUUUAAGUCGUGUAUUCACAAAAUCAUUACUGACACUGAAUAUUGACCUUCUCUAUCUAUAUCAAUUUCUAAUAAAUGACAUGCAAAACCAAAUGUUGAAACAGUACCAAUUGCAAUUUUUAAAUAAUCAAAAUACUACUAAACAAAAAAACAUUAAUACACUGGAUCAAACGUAUUAUCGUGGACAAGCUGUAUCAAAUGAAAAAUUAACAAAAAUUAAAGGAAGUGUCGGUGAAUUAUUAUCGAUCAAUAAUUAUUUGCCGACAACAAAACAUCGUUCUCGAGCAUUAAAUACGGUUAAAAAAGGGUUACAACCAACAACUAGUCAACAUCGAGUGUUUUUUGAAAUUAAAGUUGAUCCGUCAUCACAACGUUCAUCUUCGUCAACUAUAAAAAAACCCUAUUGUGAUAUCUCUCAGUUAGCGCAUCCAAGUAAAGAUGAUAAUGAAAUAUUAUUUUCAUGUGGCACCAUAUUUCGUAUUAAUUCAAUUGAUUAUGAUUAUGAUAAUGAGUUGUGGAUAAUCAAAUUAACCUAUUAUGAUGAAAAAUCAAAUUCUGAUUUUUCACAAUUAUUCACCUAUAUGCAAGAUGAAUUAACAAAGUAUAAAACUAAGAAAUUAUCAUAUUUUGUAACAUUAGGUAAUUUGUCACGAAAAAUAUGUUCACCAUCAUCAACGAAUGAACAUACAGCAGAAAAAUAUUAUAAACGUUUACUAUCAGAAACAUCAACUGGCGAUAAUUUAACAAUAGCAGAAUGUUACAGAGGAUUGGGAUUAAUUGAAUAUGGUAAAAAUGAGAAUGAAACAGCUCUAAACCAUUUUGAAAAAGCUCUCGAUUUACUGCCAAAAUCUCAUACAGAUCGUGCCACAUUAUUCAAUAGUAUUGGAUUAAUACACUCAAAAGAAGCUAAGUAUGAUUUAGCGCUAACUAAUUUCAAAAAAGCCCUCGAGAUUUUAGUGAAAAAUGGUAAUUCAUCUUCCGAUGCCGAUAUAGCCUCGUCGUAUAAUAAUAUUGCUUUGACACAUUAUAACAAGGGUGAAGUGGACGCGGAAUUGAAAAAUUAUCAAAAAGCUUUAGAUAUACGUUCAAAGAUAUUACCCGCUAAUCAUCCAGACAUCGCCACAUUGUAUAGUAACAUCGGUACUGCUUAUUCAGAUAAAAAUGACUAUAAACAGGCGCUCGAUAAUUUAAGAUUGGCAUUAAAUAUAAGAACGAAAACAUUACCACCAAAUCAUUAUGAUAUAGCAGCAAAUUAUAAUAAUAUUGGUACAGUUAAUUCCCGAAAUGGUGAAUAUCAAAUUGCUCUCGAGUAUUUUUACAAAGCAUUGGACAUAUUUAAACUAACAUUACCAAAGACACAUCCGUCAAUUAAACAAACAGAACAAAAUAUUAAAAUUGUCAAUGACAAAAUAAGGUAA